AUGGAGUCCGUCAAGAGCGCAGCAGCCACUGCCACAAGCUACCUCAGUUCAGACAACUCUACACAGAACAAAGGAGGCGGAUCCAGUCAGAUUGCAGGUGGCUCAGCACCGCAAGACACUGCCACCGGUACAUCUCAAUCUGGCACUGAACCCGUAUCAGGAAAGCUUGGUGAGGGAGAAGCUGGCCAGCCCUACGAUGCUGGAAACGAGGAUGGUUCUGUAGAGAAGUCUUCUUGA